AUGACGGGCACGCCUGGCGCCGCUGCCACCCGGGAUGGCGAGGCCCCCGAGCGCUCCCCACCCUGCAGUCCGAGCUACGAUCUCACGGGCAAGGUGAUGCUUCUGGGAGACUCAGGCGUCGGCAAAACCUGUUUCCUGAUCCAAUUCAAAGACGGGGCCUUCCUGUCCGGGACCUUCAUAGCCACGGUCGGCAUAGACUUCAGGAACAAGGUGGUGACCGUGGAUGGUGUGAGGGUAAAGCUGCAGAUCUGGGACACAGCAGGGCAGGAGCGGUUCCGCAGUGUCACCCACGCUUAUUACCGAGAUGCCCAGGCCCUGCUCCUGCUGUAUGACAUCACCAACAAAUCUUCCUUUGACAACAUCCGGGCCUGGCUUGCUGAGAUCCAUGAGUACGCCCAGAGGGAUGUGGUGAUCAUGCUCCUUGGUAACAAGGCGGAUGUGAGCAGUGAAAGGGUGAUCCGUUCAGAGGAUGGAGAGAUGCUGGCCAGGGAGUACGGAGUUCCCUUCAUGGAGACCAGUGCCAAGACGGGCAUGAAUGUGGAGUUAGCCUUUCUGGCCAUUGCCAAGGAGCUGAAAUACAGAGCCAGGCGGCAGGCCAAUGAACCCAGCUUCCAGAUCCGAGACUAUGUGGAAUCCCAGAAGAAGCGGCCCGGCUGCUGCUCCUUCUUGUGAAUCCCAAGGGGCUGAGAGGAAGGCCCACAAGGAUGCAGCCUUCUCCCUCGGGCCUGGUUUAUUCUGAGCAGCUGAGCCAACAGGGAGAGAGUUGGGGGACCCAUACACAGCCCCUCUGCACUCCUGCCCCUACUCUAGCUCCUGUAGCUUCCCUGCAUCCCCGGGAGGAGGGUAAAGUAUUUAUAUUUCACUUUAACAAUACAUAAUCGAAUCAAAAGGGCACCAGAAACACCGAGGAAGGGAGCUGGUGGCCCUUUUGCCUUCUAGUACCAGGACUCGGGGGCCUGGGCCUGCCUCCUGACCACGAUGAGGAUGGUAUUGCUCCAACUGAGCACCAGGGGGCACUGAUGCACUUCUGGGGCAUAAGGGCAAGUAGUGACCCCAUUCCCACCCUUCAGCUGGCUAGAAGCUGAGCAGACCCAGGCCUUCAUUUCCUCCAGCUCCCCAGAGAACAAUCUUCCCCAAUAAGACAGGGCCCUUGUGCUGGGAGCUAGACCAAAGCCUGGGAAGAUAAGAGAUGUGGAGAUCCAUCAGGCAGUGAUCCAGCUCCCUUGGGGGAGGGGGGAGAGGAGGAGCAAAAGAUUAGGUCUGUUUGGCUACCUACCUCCGGCCUUUAGUAGCCCCCCUCUGGGAGAUGUGGCCCUUUUCCUCCAGCCCACAAGCACAUUAGGGCACCUGGAAACAUCUGGUUCCUAUUCUCUGGACCUCAGAUCCCAGGGGAGGCCCUCCUCCCUGAACCCCUGGCCUUAUCUAUCUACCCUUCUGCCUAUGUCCCCAGACACCUAAGGUUACAGAUAGACAAAGGUUAGUCUUCUGUCCCAACCCUUCAGCAGGUAUGCAGCCCACAGGCUACUUCUUCAAGCAGCUAUAAUGCUUCUACUGGACAAAGAGCCAGAUAAAGAGAAAGCCCUGACUCUGGGAGUAGGCAGGAGGUAGAAGUGAGCAAACCUCACCCAUUGUGUAACCCCCUCAACCCCAGUGCUGCCUCCUCGCUGACCACCCACAUCCUCCUCUUCUCAGACAGACAUUAGGGCCCAAACUGCUUUAUCUCCCUUCCUACUGAGCCAGGUUAGGGAGUGAGAGGUCAUCCACUCCUGGGUAAAUCAACACAUUGUAUGCAAAACAAGGUCAUGUGGUAAGACUCGGGGUGGGGAGAGGGGCAGCAAGGAGUUUCGGUGGGGCCAAAGUCACAUGUCUCCCAAAUACCUGACCCCAGCAAUGGGAAGAGGGCAGAAGACGCACAGAUUAUGACCUAGAGGCACCUCCACUCUGGCUGUCUUCACCAGGGGUGGGGAGGGUGAGGAAGGUAUGCACCGCACAUUUCUGAGGCUGCUACAUUUGCUUUCAAGGCAGAAAUCUUGCUCUCCGAGCAGAGUCAGCAGCUCCAACUCAGGCCGAUAAGGAAGCUCUCCCAGGCGGAGCAGGGAGGAGCCUGACCUUGCCGGGUGCUUCUGGGGCCCAAGGCAGGUCUCAGGCAAUCCAAUCACAUGGGCUGCCCUGGGCCUCUAGCAUUUGUGUUUUUCAGAAUUAAA